AUGGCGAGAGUUUCUUCUUAUUUAGUACCAGACAGGCAAUCGGAUUAUACCUUACUGGCUUUUCCAGAGAAACUAUGGUGGAUUGUUAAUAAUCCUAAACGAGACGAAAUUCACUGGAAUGCCCAAGGAACAUGCCUUGUUAUUCCGAACACUCAGAGAUUCAUUUCUGAGGUUCUAAACAAUAAAUCCAAUGGACUUUUCAAGACAAAACACUUUGCGAGUUUUGUCCGUCAAUUGAACUUGUACGGGUUCCGAAAAGUCACAGAAUAUGGAAAACGGGCGACAUCAUCUCCGUUUUCGCUGUAUUCAAAAUGCGAAUUUAAACAUCCUUAUUUUCGAAAGGGAAGACAAGGUAAGUUCCUCUUAUCUUAUCUUUAAUUCCAUCUUGCUUCUAUAGAAAAAAUGUUUAGUAAAGGACCAGAACAUUAUUUAUCGCCUUUGAGGGGGGAGGAUUUUUGGGGGAUCACUUAGAUUUCAGGCGGAGCGGAUUGGGGAUCAGUCGUUGCGAACAGAGUUUAAGGGAGGUACAUUAAAACACUAUAGAGAGUUUAGGAAGGGGGGAAUGAGGAAAAUCCUAGUGUGACACAAGCAAACAAAAAUAAACCCUUAUCUUCAAUUUUAACUUCAUCUUCUUCUAUAAUACAGCUACCAAUUUUUUUUCCUGAUCUUCUUUAAUUUUUAGAUCUGUUAGUUCAUGUCAAAAGACAGCAGCAUUCCUCCAAGAAGUCAGACAACAAGCGUCACAUCCCAUCCUCAACAAAAACAGAGCUGAAUCAACUACCUGCUUCUUCCUCAGUCAGUAGCUCUUUGAAUCCUACGCUGUAUACACCAAUGCCAUUUGUCCCUUUACAAACUCCACUUCACAUGCCCUUUACUCUGUACGCACCAUUUUACAAUGCUUAUCAGUUUGCACAAAUGCAACAAGGUUCAGUGGUGGGUCUAUCGAAUGCUCAAGGCCUUGGAUUUCCGGGACAAUUUCCACAAAGCCCAUCAAGUCCCAUUGUGUCGUGGGCUCAAAGUUUGGGACAUCGUGAAGAAAAUUUGAAACCUUUUUUCUCUUUGGUACCGAUGAAAAACGAGGCACACAAUGCUGGGAUCGUAUCUUCCCGAGAAACUUCGCCACCUGAAACCGUUGGAAGU